ACUCUGACAUUGUUAGACGCAACACAGUUCUACAGUUUAAUAGAAAACUGAAUCUGCAACGACCCACAAAAGGAAAAACUUCAAAACUUGACCAAUUGUUCAAUCUUAAAAAAAAGCUCCUCCUCCGCUAAAAUGGGAUCUUCUGCCGUCCAGAUGGCGUGCGUGGUCCUCGGGGUCAUGGGACUGAUCGGCAUUGUGGUGGCCUGCAUUCUUCCUCGCUGGAGAGUGUCGUCCUUCAUCGGCUCCAACAUCGUCACGGCACAGAACUCCGAGGAGGGCCUGUGGAUGGAGUGUGUGGUGCAGAGCACCGGCCAACAACAGUGCAAGAACUACGACUCCAUUCUGGUGUUGCCCUCCGACCUGCAGGCCGCCCGGGCCAUGACCAUCAUCAGCUGCAUGCUGGCGGUCCUCAGCCUCCUCAUCAUGUUCUGCGGCGCCGACUUCACCACCUGCAUUCAGAACGAAGACGCCAAACCCAAGAUCAACCUGGUGGGCGGGGUGGGUCUGCUGCUGGCCGGACUGCUGGUCAUCAUCCCCGUCAGCUGGUCCGCCCACAUCACCGUGAGGGACUUCAACAACCCGCUGGUCCCUGCCAGCAUGAAGAGGGAGAUGGGGGCCUGCAUCUAUUUGGGCUGGGGCGCCGGCGUGCUGCUGCUUCUGGCCGGAGGUCUGCUGUGCUGCUUCAGCCGGCCCAAAUCCAGCAGCCCCGGGCCAACCGCCAAGUACUACAGCAACAGCGCUCCCCCCUCCAACAAAAACUACGUGUAGAGUCCUUCAGAGAGGGGACGAGUGUUGAGAGAAUGGAGGAAAAACUGGGACGCAGAGAUGAACCCAGUUGUUGAUUUCAGGAAAAAUAAGUGUUUGUUCAAAUGUUGACUCCAAAAAUAGAUUUGUGAUAAUAUCUACACUGUUUUCCUUUUUGGUUUUGACAUGCCUCAUAAAGGAGAGGCUACACAAAAACCCUCAUUGACUCCACAAACAUUUGAGUUUUCCUGAAAAUCAGAUCAAAAACCUGGAAAGCACAGAUCUGCCAGCAGAUACUAACCAUGAUUAUCUGUAAGCUAGGAAAUGCAAGGAUUUAAAGCGGCUUUACAGGCACAGAUUUAGAUGAUCUGCUGUUUUUCUCUUUGUUUGUAUUAUUUGUUGUCAGAAAAAUCAAUCACAAACAAAAAUCACCUCAGUAAGAAUAUCUGUGCAUCGUUUUCUGCAAUGAUUCCCUCACAUUUAUGCUCAUUUUCUAUGAUAAUUGACUGAAAUGAUGACAGUUUGGUCAACCUAAACGGAUGUUUGUGCGCAUUUUUAAGAUGAAAAAAAAGACAUUUUGAAAAUAUGGAAGACUUUAUUCCAAAUAAAAUCAUAUAU